AUGGCAGCGGAGAAGCAGGUCCCGGGCGGCGGCGGUGGCGGCGGAGGCGGCGGAGGUGGCGGCGGCAGCGGGGGACGCGGCGGCGGAGAGGAGAACAAGGAAAAUGAGCUUCCUCCUGCCGGGUCGAAGGGAAACCGACGGUUCGGAGACAGCCUGGGCCUGGAGAUCCUUCAAAUUAUCAAGGAAUCCCAGCAACAACAUGGUUUACGGCAUGGAGAUUUUCAGAGAUACAGGGGAUAUUGUUCCCGUAGACAAAGACGUCUCCGAAAAACACUCAAUUUUAAGAUGGGGAAUAGACAUAAAUUCACAGGGAAAAAAGUAACUGAAGAGCUCCUAUCUGACAACAGAUACUUGCUUUUGAUUUUGAUGGAUGCUGAAAGAGCCUGGAGCUAUGCCAUGCAACUUAAACAAGAAGCAAAUACUGAACCUCGAAAACGGUUUCAUUUGUUAUCUCGACUUCGAAAAGCCGUGAAGCAUGCUGAGGAGUUGGAACGCUUGUGUGAGAGUAAUAGGGUGGAUGCCAAGACUAAACUAGAGGCUCAGGCUUACAUGGCUUAUCUAACAGGAAUGCUGCGCUUUGAACACCAGGAGUGGAAGGCAGCAAUGGAGGCUUUUAACAAAUGCAAAACCAUCUAUGAAAAGCUAGCUAGUGCUUUUACUGAGGAACAGGCUGUAUUAUAUAAUCAACGAGUGGAAGAAAUUUCACCCAACAUACGCUAUUGUGCCUAUAAUAUUGGGGACCAGUCAGCUAUUAGUGAAUUGAUGCAGAUGAGACUGAGGUCUGGUGGUACUGAGGGUCUUCUAGCUGAGAAAUUGGAGUCAUUGAUCACCCAGACUCGAGCGAAGCAAGCGGCUACUAUGAGUGAAGUAGAGUGGAGAGGGAGAACUGUUCCAGUAAAAAUUGACAAAGUGAGGAUCUUCUUACUGGGGUUAGCUGACAAUGAAGCAGCCAUUAAUCAGGCUGAAAGUGAAGAAACCAAGGAGCGUCUGUUUGAGUCCUUGCUUAGUGAAUGUCGGGAUACUAUCCAAGCUGUCCGGGAAGAGCUGAAGCCAGAUCAGAAACAAAGAGAGAACAGCCUUGAUGGAGAGUCUGGGAAAGUUUCUAAUUUGCAAUACCUACACAGCUACCUGACUUUCAUCAAGCUGUCUACUGCAAUCAAACGUAAUGAAAGCAUGGCAAAGGGUCUGCAGAAGGCACUGCUGCAGCAGCAACCAGAAGAUGAUAGCAAGCGCUCUCCCCGGCCCCAGGACCUGAUUCGCCUCUAUGACAUCAUCCUCCAGAAUCUGGUGGAACUGCUCCAAUUGCCUGGCUUAGAGGAGGACAAAGUUUUCAAAAAAGAGAUAGGACUCAAGACACUGGUAUACAAGGCUUACAGGUGUUUCUUUAUUGCUCAAUCUUAUGUGCUGGUGAAAAAAUGGAGUGAAGCCCUGGUCCUAUAUGAUCGAGUCCUAAAAUAUGCCAGUGAAGUGCAGUCUCAAGCAGGAGCCUCCCAAAACAGCCUAAAGGAACUACCUGAUGUCCAGGAGUUGAUUACUCAGGUGAAAUCAGAAAAAUACUCUCUACAGGCAGCUGCUAUCUUAGAUACAAAUGACCCUCAUGAAACAGAAUGUCCUUCCCAAAUCAAGGACAAUAAGCCUCUUGUUGAACGAUUUGACACUUUUUACCUGGAUCCUUCCCUCGUCAGCAAGCAAGCCAACCUCGUUCACUUUCCACCAGGAUUCAAACCCAUCCCUUGCAAGCCCUUGUUCUUUGAUCUGGCCCUUAACCACGUGGCUUUCCCACCCCUAGAGGACAAGGUGGAACAGAAGACCAAGAGUGGCCUGACUGGAUAUAUUAAGGGCAUUUUUGGAUUCAGGAGUUAAUCAGUCUUCUGCACUGGGAGAUUUAGAUUCUUACUGUGUAUUGUGAGAAAGCUUCAGAAUAUUAAAUUCAGGUCUGAAAUUGCCCAGGGUGGGGAUCUUAACAUCUUCCCUAUAUCCUCUGUGUGUAUGCACUUGCAUACGUAAUCAAUGUGUUAGAGGGAAACCAUACUCUUUUCCUGAUCAGUGUGUGUGAAUUUAUUGUCUCCCUUAAGAUCUGGGUAGGGGGCAAUACAAUUCUGUCCCAUCAGACUCUUGGAACUUAUAUUUCUAUCAGCAGUGCAUUCAGGGAGAGUAUAUACCAGUCACGGACCACACCGAGAAUCAUAUUUUUCCCAUUAGUAAAAUGGAUUUUAAACCAAACUAUCCUUCCUAUUGGGAUAAUUGUGAGCAUCUAGAAUACUUGGAUAACAUUUAUCAUUACUAUGAAAAUGUAUAAAAUGUUGGUCCUGCCUUACUUCUCACUCCUAACUCAGUUAUAAAGAGCUGUAGUAUAAGAAAGGAUCUUUAUUUUUAAAGGAAAUAUGUUCUGAAAUGAUGAAACCAAUCCUUGUAUUAAAAAGCAAAGGUAGUGGACACCAUAAUACAUUUUUAUAUAACCUAAUUUAAUAUUUAGUGGUAUCUUCCUGAGAUUAAACCUUGCUACUACUACCUUGAUUUUUCUUUCUGGGGUGAUACUUUAUUGUGUCUCUGCCCUAUCAAAGCCUACCUGAUAAUUUUGCUAUUGACAAUGCUAGAUAGGGAUAUAUUAGAGGAGCCAUCUUUAAAAAGAAAACUUCUAUCCUGGUAUUUCUAGAGACAGCUUACUGUUGUAUUUGUAUUACCCUUCCAUUUUAAAAUGGAGUUUCUUGCCUUGUCCAUUUCAGCAUUCAUAACAGAAUUUCUCCUUUACCUCUUAAUGUCACAGUAAGUUGCACUGAAUGGAAUUUUACUGUCAUAAGGAUUAGAAUUUUUAAUGAGCCAGUAGCAAGGGUUUAUGCUGCUGUGUUUAGUAUUUAAAGACAGUCAAGAAAAUAGAUUUAGCACAGGAGCAUUCUCUCCAGAUAGCCUAGUCAGCCUUUCACAUAGGGUCACUGGAUAUCAAACAGAUUUGUUAUAAGAGGCUAAGACAGCCAAAUGUAAAUGUAUGUACACCUCCUGGUCAUCAGAUGCAAUCAAGUUGUUCCUAUGAUUGGCUUUGUUGUGAAUGGAUUCAGGAUCAGGAUUCUGCACAAGCUACUCAUAUUAAUCCCUGGACUGUUUUAUACAAUGACAUUUUAGAAACCAAACAAAAUACUUCCAUUGGGAUAGGAAGUGGGGAAUGAAAUUUAUGAUAUUAUGAAUUUGACAUGCUCUUUGUCUCAAAUGGAUAACUUUCAUGUUCCUUUGAUUCAUUGUCUUCUAACUACUCUGGUACCAGCAAUAGUAAGAUUUGAUCCAUCAAGAACCUUCUUUCUCCCAAAGUGGGGAGAUGAAUGGGGAAUAAGUGGGGGGAAAGAAACAAUUUAGUCUACUUUUGUAUUUUUUAAACAUAUGCUUAGAUUGGUCCUUGUUAAUUUUCAUUUUAAUUAAAUCUGUUAGAUGUUCAGUUAGGGUGAAAGGGAACAGGGUUCCCAAGCAAGCAAGAUUUAAUCUGAAGAAGCAGAUGUUAGCUGCUGUCUCUUAAUUUUAAUUUAUCAAGUAAUGAAAUUUUAAACACAUCAUUUGGCACAGGUAGUGAUUUAUCCCAAACUGUCUUUCUGUUUCUGUUUAGAAAAUGUUCUGUUUAGGAAAAUGUUGAAUUGAGUCAGUUGAUAGAUUGGCUCAGCCCCUCUCCAGCUGCUGUGCCUCCUGGCUUUUUCCUCCUUUCAUGUACAUUGUUUUGAUGUCCUGUCUCCUUUUCCAAUUUUACAUUAAAUCAAAUGAGAGUUCUUUGUUUCCCUAUUUAAAAUAAAACAUUGAUCUGGUUGAGUUCUC